AUGGUCCUCCCUCUGGCCUGGAUCACUCAGUACUGUCGCCUUCGCCUCCUAUUGCCCUCCUGCCCCCAAGGAUGCUAUUUCCAGAAUCCCAAAAAAAGCAUGGAAGAACAGACCAGCUCCUCAGGUGGUGGGAAGAUGAGGUCACCUGCCAGGGAACCUUGGCCCCACCACAAAGCUGAGCUGACUCAAGCUGAAGAGUUGCUGGAGCAGCAGCUGGAGCUGUACCAGGCCCUACUGGAAGGGACAGGGGGAGCCUGGGAAGCCCAGGCCCUAGUGCUCAAGAUCCAGAAGCUGAAAGAACAGAUGAAGAGACACCAAGAGAGGAAAUGCCUAAGCUUCCCACAAGUGCCCGCAUAACCCUCCAAAACCUGAAAUACUGCCCAGCACCCUGCAAUGGGCCCUUUCAGAAACAUGCCAGCCCACCAAAAAAUGAAGACAACUCUAUAAGGGUCCAAAAAAUUGGAAAGUAGUUGAGGAGCCAUGGCCUAUGCAGGCUUAUUCUCACUUUGACCCCACUCUACAGCAGGGUACUCAGAACUGAGAAAUUUAUCCUGGAUUAAGCCCUAAAUAACUUUACCAUAAGCAAUAAAGGAUGGAGCACUUACA